GGCCCAGGGCGGCGGCGGUCCCCACACCGAAUAUAUUCUACGUUUGCCAUGAAAUGUGCAAGAUUGCGUUUGCAAGAACGUUGCCGAACAAAACCUGACUAUCAGCCAAAUGUAGGAAAGGAGAUGAAGCCGAGACGGUAUUGCCAGAAGCGAAUGGUUGACCCAGCUCACGAGGAAGACCCUAGAUGGACGAAUGUAUUUCAGAGAUAUCACUGCAAAAAGAGCUUUGAACAAGAAAAUACAAAUGAUGGAAACGUACCAAUUGAUGACCAAGAUGACAUAUAUCUUACUGUGCAAAACUUAAAGUUCCAAGGCGAAGUACAAGACAACAAGAGACCACGCACUAGCUUCAAGUACAGGUUACCACCUGACAGUAACAGACACAGAAUGUUUAUCAAACAAGUCGUAGAGGAUAUUGAAGCUGAGGACGAUUUAUCCUCCCAGUUGACCUCCUAUUAUUUCGACGAUUAUGUCAAGUAUAUACUGAGUAACGACAGAUCAAGACCAUCAUCAAGCAAAUCCAGCAUUUUUCUUGACACUAUAGUAAAUGGUAAGGAAAGUAAAGCUGUGCAAGUCGAAGGUAAGCCACACAGAGAAUUUGCAAAAAUGAAGAACAAAAAGGUUGUUAAAAAUACAACAGAAACAAAUGAAGAAAUAACCGAUAAUGAUAUCGAUACCGCUAAAGGAGAUAGUAUACAUGAUGCAAAGGUGUCAUAUCACAAAUCUGGCAAACGGAAAAGUCUCACUAUAUCCAGAGUGCCUAGCCCUGAAACUGUUCAAGUGAUAAGAGUAGAUGUAGUGUGUAACUACAGCACGAGCUCUAUUCUAUCUGAUUAUGACGACAAAAAAUUCGAUAACACCAGGAAGCCUGAUAAAAUCGAGGAUAUAAAACUGAAGGGCCCUCACUUUUCGAAUAAAUACCUUCUCACGAAUACUGUGAAAACUUUAGACGAGAACGUGUCAGGAGGCGCUAAAGUAACCUUACUCUGCAAAACUUUCAAAUUGUCCGAUAGACUCAAACUUUUUUCAGAUAGAAAAAAAACUAAGAUGGCGAAAGAUGUAUCGAAACUACGGAAGUGAAAUACUAAAAUUAUAUGCAACUAAUUAACUGUAUUCAUAUGGAUUUCAUAAAUAAAUACAUUAAAACUAAUUAUAAUUAAACUUAAAGAUACAAAAUUAACCUAACAAUGUGCAAUGGAUGAUUGGUAUACAAGUGCAUAAAAAAAUUGUGAGUUAGUGCGACUAUUCAACAGAUUGACUCAAAAAUACCUGUGAGAAAAACUUGGCGACGCUAUGGCGCCACCCUUGUUUGAAGUCAGUGGCUCUCAAAAUGUUUCGCAUGGAUAGAGUUUGCAACCUUAAACAUUAUUUGGU